UUGGUAUCAGAGCUAAGUGUUGAACAUCCCCAAGGGCCACCCACCAUCACUCCCUUCCCUCUUCCCUAACAAUCCCCAUAGCCCAACUAAACAACCUUCCUCACCUUUUUCCCACUUCAACCAUGUCAAAUGAAUCUCGAACUAUGUCCCAUGAAGAGCUCAUUGCCUCAAAUACAGCCUUGAAAGCACAAGUAGAGUACUUGGCUAAAGAGGUAGCCAAGCUUACGAAGAUGAAACUCAACGAGCUCCAAGGAAGUGACCGUGAAGAAGACGUUAGCUCUAGUGGAACCAUGAAAGCUAAAGCCAAUGAAGGUUCUGACUUCAAAGUUGACAUUCCAACUUUUGAAGGGAAGAACGACCCGGACGAGUUCCUCGAGUGGCUAGAAUCAGUGGAACACGUCUUUGACUUCAAAGAUGUUUCCGACGAAAAGAAGGUCAAGAUAGUGGCCUUAAAGUUCCGAAAGAGCUGUACAAGGAAGAUGAAGACUUCAAGGACAUUUAUUCUAAGUGCCUCAUUCGGCCCUAUGGAGAUUUUCUUGUCAAAGACGGUUAUCUCUUCCGUGGUAACCAACUGUGCGCCCCGAAAUGCAGACCCAUAUGAUGAUGAUGAUGACUACCAAGUCAACAAUGGGUCUGACUACUAUCCCUACCAUGAGGAACCACCAUAUGAUACCUUGUCUAGAAACUUUAGAUAUUCUCCAUCCCAAGAUUCUGAUAGGGAUAAUUAUUAUGAUCCUCAUGGUGACCAAGAUGACUAUGACCAAUCUGGGCCUACGUGCGAUGAUCAAUCAGAUCCACUCAUUGAAGAAAUAAUAAGAUUAGAAGAGAAAAUUUUCUAUUUGGAUGAAGUCCUAUUCGCUGAAGGCUCCUGGUACAAACCACCUUACUGUCGAGACUACACUCUAUUUGUUGAAGAACAAAUUGAAGCAAACAAGGGUGUGGGUGUGGGUCAAGGUGUCUUGGAUUUUAUGGCUGUUUGUUUAGCCAAGUUAAGCAUGUCAAACCCAUCUCAAACCCUCACCAAUGAAGAACUUCAAGCCUCCAAUGCUGCCCUAAAAGCUCAAGUUGAAUACUUAGCCAAGCAAGUAGCUCAACUCACCAAGAUGAAGUUAAGAAUGGCGGAUACCCCCGAGGAGAGUGAUGAAGAACAAGAGGUUGAAACACAUCCUACGGGAGACUCCAACACCAACACCGGAGGCAGCUCUCAUGAGAAGGGAGCCACAGACUUCAAGGACGUCCCAAAAGAUAAGAAGGUUAAGUUGAUAGCAUUGAAGCUUCGAAAGUACGCUUCAACUUGGUGGACGAAUUUGACCACCAAGAGAAGACGCGAAGGUAAGGCACCUAUCAAUACGUGGUUGAAAAUGCGAGCUUUGAUGAAAAAGAAAUUCCUUCCCGAACAGUAUGUAAGGGACAACUUUGCUCGUCUUCAACAACUAAGGCAAAGCACUCGAUCGGUUGAAGAUUACACUCGAGAGUUUGAAGAACUUCUUAUGAGAUGUGAUUUACAAGAUGAUGAUUCUCAAACCUUGGUUCGUUACCUAUUUGGACUUAACACCCAAAUAGCUAACGUCGUGGAGCUACAAUCCUAUGACACCUUUGAAGAACUUUCCAAGCUUGCCCUCAAGGAAUUGUACCAGGAAGAUGGAGAUUUCAAGGAAGUAUAUGCACGACGUCUCAUUCGACCCUACGAAAAUUACCUCCUCGGGGAAGGUUACCUCUUUCACGUCCACAAUGGGUCUAACUACUACCAAGUCCACAAUGGGUCUAACUACUAUCCCUACCAUGAGGAACCACCAUAUGAUACCCCAUCUGAAAACUUUGGAUAUUCUCCGUACCAAGACUCUGAUGGGGAAGAUUAUUAUGAACCUCAUGGUGAUCACGAUGACUAUGACCGCAAUGGGCCUAUAUACGACGAUCAAGCUGAUCCGCUCGUCGAAGAAAUAAUAAGAUUAGAACAGAAAAUCUUCUAUUUCGACGAAGUUUUAUUCGCUGAAGGCUCCUGGUAUGAACCACCCUACUCCCGUGACUAUACCCUGUUUGCCGAAGAACAAAUUGAAGCAAACAAGGUGGCAAUUCGAGAAAGAGCGAAACUUCUUGAAUCAGUCCGGAAGGAAAAGGAGUUCGAAAGGAGAUUAUGCGAAGGAUCAGAUAUGAUGCAGAAAAUGCUGGAUGACUUCCAAAGAGAGAGACUAGAAGCCGAGGCUAAAGCUGAUAAAUUAGUCAAUGAUCUCUGUAAGGCAAUCGAACUUAAACGCUCCUUCCAAUCUCAAGAUCCACAAUUGGAGGAAGUUAAUGCUCAAAAAGAGGCUCUAGAACCUAAGACCAACCCUGAAACAUCCAACCAUCAGGUGCCAGUUCUAGAGGAUUUACCCGGUUUUACACCAUCACAGAAACCCGAGAGCAUAACAACUCUCGCUAGGGCUACUGUGGUGAUGUUACCUAAAUCCCUUCCUAGCCAAGUCACAACCAGCAUAGUCGUACAUGAGGUGGAACCAACUGAGAGACCUGACUCAAAACCACCUACGCUCAUUCAAGAAAAGGAGGAGGAAGUUUUGCCUACAGCAAUAAACGACCAUCUCCUUAAUUGUGUUCAAGACACACCUCCAGAGGAACCUGUUCUGGAGGAAGUAGAGCCCAUUACCUGCCCCCAAGAUUCCAUUGAGUCCGAGCAGGAAUCUACAGACGAUGAAGUACUUUGCACUGAUGAACCAAUUUUGUCUAUAGAAACCUGCACAACUAAUGAUUCAUCUGAAGCUUCAGACCAAACCUUCUUUCACUCCCUACUUGACGGGUGCGACUAUGUCUGCCCGAAGGAUGGUUGGAACUUAAAGAGUUGGGAUGAACUUUUGGUGAGUGACAACGAGGACUCUUCCUUGGGGAAAGGCACGGUCAUAAUCAUUGAACCACAAAUGGAUGGUCAGCCCAUUGAAGGCAAGGAAGAAAUCAAUAUCGCUAUGAAGGCCAAUGAUGUGGAUCAACUAAGGAGACUUCCGCCACCACCCAUCUAUCUAGAGUCUCCUCCUUUUAUCCUGUUGCCACCAAGCCACAGGGAUGAGUCAAGGAUCCUAGACCUUGACCGAGCAAGAAAUCAAACAAGGUGGAAUCAGAAGAGAGUCAGAACGGCCAAACUUUAUGACUCUCGGAUCGGGAAGUCACGGAAAAAGUGGGGCAUACCUUACAGUGGGAGCGAAGAAGAGGUCUCAGGUGGGGAAAGCACAAGGUUUCUGCAACCUUCGAGGCUUCUUGAUCCAACAGCCUGGUUGAAGUUGGCUACUGAGAGAAUAUUGACUUCCUCAGUAAAGUCUCUUUUUCUCUACUACUUUGAACAUGAUUUGGAUGCUUAAUGAUUUUUAUUUUGGAAUUUCACAACAUGAUUCUUAAAACCAUUUUGAGAAUAUUUUAUGCAUUAUUUCAUAUUUUCAUGUUAUGGUUAUCUAUUAUUUCAAUCUUCAUCGUUGAAUCUUGGAGUGGUUUGACAUGGUUUUAAGGAAGAAGAUGUUGGGAAACGAGGCUUGGAUAACGCAGCGGAAAACAAAAAUUUAUAGUCCAAAACUCGAUUCCACCCAAGAACAACUUACGUAAAUUACUAGUUAUAGUAAGAAAUUUACCUUAACAGUGAAAACGGAGAACGGAGGAACGGUCGGGGAUGGUUCUGAGGAGAUGAACGUAGCGCCAAACGUAUGAAGCCUCCAACGUAUCCACACGAACUUGCUCCAGAGUCCAAGAUUAAACUUGUGCUAGCAAGUUUAAUAUAGGAUAGUAAAAACUAUAAUAAUACUACUUUGGGAGU